AUGACAUUUCAUUAUCCAUAUGCUAAUUCUGGGAGAUCACGACGUAAAGUAGUUAUUUGUACUACUUUGCAUCAUUAUCGUGUGAAUGUGUUUUAUAAAAUCAUUGAUUGGCAACUACAAGAACUUAAUGAUCGUUUCAAUGAGGUGACAAGUGAUUUGCUUAAUGGAGUAUCUUGCUUGAAUCCAAUUGAUUCAUUUUCUAGUUUUGACAUAAGGAAGAUAAUGAGAAUGGCUGAAUUAUAUCCUGAUGAUUUUGAUGGGUCCAACAUGAGAGCUCUUGAGAAUCAACUUGUUAAUUACAUUAUUGAUGUUCGUGAUAUUGAUGAAAGGUUCUCCAAUUUGGGUGGACUUGGAGAACUUUCAAGAAAGUUGGUUGAGACAAAGAAGCAUUUAACCUAUUCUCUCGUAUUUCUUUUAGUGAAGUUUGCUUUGCUUCUACCUGUUGCCACUGCUACAGUUGAAAGAGCUUUUUCGGCAAUGAAGAUUAUCAAGAAUGACUUGCGAAAUCGAAUGGAUGAUGAAUUCUUAGAUGGUUGCAUAGUACCUUAUGUAGAGAAAAAAGUAUUUAAAGAUGUUUCUAAUGAGUGUAUUAUGAAAACAUUUCAAGAGAUGAAGUGUCGUCGAGUGCAAUUGUAG